AUGAUGGACCGAGUGAAAGUCGAUUUGCAAGGGGAUGAGAUAGCCAAGCGCCUGUCAGUGUUUGACUUGAAGUGUUGGGAGACAAAAGGGCAGAGGGACGACAUGAAGCCCUUGAUCAAGCCUUUGGCAAAGGCUUUGCAUUUGGACUCUACAAAGCUGUGCCGUGACUUUUCCAACACAGCCAAGCUCUUGUGCCAGCUUGUUGGGGCUGCAAGCCAGCAUGUCGAGAGGCCAUCGAACAGAGUGGCGUGGAGCUGGACACUGGUUCCAGAGUGGAGGUCAAGAUUCAUGACCCCAGCACUCCAGCUGGCAAAACCUAAACAGCUUGAGGAGCUCAUUUGUUUCUACUUGAGCUUGAAAACCAACACAACCACAUUGGAAAGAAACUUGGGCAGUCUUUGCGCACAGCUUGCUGCUCACUCUGGCCCCAAUGCUGAGGACGGUAGUAUGCUUGGAGCCAUUCUGCGGGUAGCCCUGGAUGGACCACAGAAAGAGUGUGAAGUCUUUGAGUCAGCUUGUUUGGAUGGACAGCAUAAACUUUACCCCACUGCCUUUGCCCGAUCUUGCUCGAAAUUGUGGAUUCAAUGUUAUGGUCGGCGCUUUCAAUACAAGUACCGGGAGCCUAGCUUUGAGGGCAAGAUGCGAAAGGGUCGGAAGAGGAAAGGAACCUUUGCAGCUAUUCAAGACAGUAGGAAGAGGGCAGUUGAUCGGCUUUGCCGGGCUGGAGAUGGAGAGUCCACCAGUGUAGGCGAGCUGCCAUCCUUCAUCCCUGGCUUGGACAUGGAGAAGCUGACAGAUCAAGGGCCAGACAACCAGAAAUACCCUAUGCACCUGGUGCAGGGCAAGAUGGUGAGAACUUUGCUUCUGUGCAAAGGAGCUGGGCGAACUAAGUUGCCUCCAGGCUGUCACAUUUUGGCUUCCAUGGCCAUGGCAGAUGCGGAUUUGAUGGUGGUCGACAAUCUGCAUGAUUUGGAUUUGGACAUGGCAGAUGCUCAUUUCGUUGCGCCCUCAGAUGGUCCAUGCAUGCUGAGCCACCCUCCAUCCCCAAAGUCAGUUUGCCCAUGUGACUCUGACAUUUUAGCCUUUUGGCUUGUCACAGGUUCCAGCCAUCCAAGCUGCCCCAGCUGUCCCAGCUGUCUCAUCUGUCCAUUUUGCGCAAUGGUGCUGUUGCCUGAUCAGCACUGUCAAUGGUUGGAGUCAUGGGGGCAGCGCACUAAGCUAGCCUUUUCGCAAGCUUUUCAGGAGAGGAAGGGUGAAGGCUGGACUGAGGAGCUUCAAGCUGCCAUAAACAGACCACUUCGUGUGGGCACAGAUUGCAGUGGCUUGGAAAGCCCUGUGCAUGCGCUGCGUCAAUUAAAAAUCCACCACCGGCAUUUGUUCAGCUGCGAAUGCGCAAAGGCGCCCAGACUAGUCAUUGCAGCGAACUGUCCACCUGAGCAGAAGCUCUUUGAUGAUGUUUUGGAUGAAAAGAUGGACAGUGUGCUGCCUGAAGUUGACAUGUAUGUAGCUGGCUUCUCAUGCAAGCCAUUUUCACGACUGCACCAUCAGACACGUUUACUAGAUGAGCAGGAAGCUGGUAUAUUUUUCGCCGUUGUCCGCAGACUGAAAAAGCUGCGCCCCCCUGUGUUCGUCUUUGAAAAUGUGGAGGGGAUCAAGCGAUGCAUGCCACAGGUUUUAGCCCUGUUGCGUGAUGUGGGGUACAAUGUCAUUGUGGAGCUUCUCAACCCUCUUGAGCUGGGUGAGCCUGUCAGCAGACCACGCUACUAUUUCAUUGGGACCAGGAAGGACGUGUCCAGUGUUUCUGAGGCAGAUGCGCAAUGCCUGUAUUCACAGGUGUGGAAAGCAUUCUGCGCUAGAUUUACCCCAGCCAGGCUCCUGGACCGCCUUCUUCCUCCAGAUCAUGAGGUGGUGAGAGAGUUGCAGGAGAAGCGACGCAGCCGGUGGGAGGUUGCAAAGCAAAAGCGGUUUCCUGCAAUGCACCCGUGCUGCAAGUGGAUGGAGCGCCAUGAGCAGUGGAUUCUCGGAAAGGAGGUACUUGAGAUCGAGGGUAAGCCUGGAUUGAAAGAACUCCUACCAGACAAGUUCUACCUCCACCUUGCACGGGAAAGGGAUGCUUGGGACAAACUAUUGAAGACAGGCCAUUGCUCUCACAAUACCACAGCCGACAUGUCACAGAGCUUGGGGCGCAUACCUUUGCGCAGCGAUGGCUGCCUCCCAACAAUUACUCCAGGCGCUCACAUAUUGAUGGCUGAGGUUGGCAGAGCCUUAGCUCCCAUGGAGAAACUGCUGAUGCAUGCGCUGCCGCUGCACAAGAUGACGAUCCCAAGCAAUGUGUCAGAUUCCGAGUUGGAGGACAUGGCUGGAAACAUGAUGCAUUUGCAGACAGUGGGGUUUGCGAUGCUCAUGGCUAUCAGUCUAGUGGAUUGGAUGAGCUUGACCACACCUCAGCCGUCCAAGCUGUCCAAAGCUGUCCUCCUGAACAAUUCUAGGCUGGCAGCAGGCCUCCAACCCAGAUAUGGGAUGGACAUUGCAAAGUCCAAGCAGAGACGCAAGGCCACAAAGGUCAAAGCAAACCGAAAGCCAAAGCAUAUAGCUGGUCUGCGUGGAACACGCUGGGCCUGCUGA